AUGGGGGGCAGAUCUGAAGCUAAGGCCGCUUACUUUGAUAAGCUCAAGGCCCUUCUCGAAGAGUACCAUUCGAUCUUCAUCGUCAACGUCGACAAUGUCAGCUCCCAGCAGAUGCACGAGAUCCGUCUCGCUCUCCGUGGAGAGGGUGUCGUCUUGAUGGGAAAGAACACUAUGGUUCGUCGUGCCCUUAAAGGCUUCAUUGGCGACAACCCAGAGUACGAACGUCUCUUGCCAUUCGUCAAAGGCAAUGUCGGCUUCAUCUUCACCAACGAGGACUUGAAGAUGGUUCGUGAGAAGAUUCUCUCCAACCGUGUGGCUGCUCCCGCCCGUGCUGGUGCCAUUGCCCCCGUCGACGUCUUCAUCCCAGCCGGUAACACCGGUAUGGAACCCGGCAAGACCUCUUUCUUCCAGGCUCUCGGUGUCCCUACCAAGAUUGCUCGUGGUACCAUUGAAAUCACCAGUGAGCUCCGUCUCGUUGAGGCAACCACCAAGGUCGGCCCAUCCGAAGCCACCCUCCUCAACAUGUUGAACAUCUCUCCCUUCACGUACGGUAUGUCCGUCGCCCAAAUCUACGACAACGGGCAGACGUUCGACUCCAGCGUGUUGGAUAUCGAGGAAGACCACCUCCUUAGCGUCUUCCAGUCCGCCAUCAACACUAUUGCCUGUGUGUCCUUGGCGGCCAACUUCCCUACUAUGCCCAGUGUCAUCCACUCCAUUGUCAACACUUACAAGAAGUGUUUGGCUAUUGGUGUCGAGACUGAUUAUAGCUGGGAGGCUAUUGAGCAGCUGAAGGACCGCAUUGCCAACCCUGACUCCUAUGCUUCUGCUGGCCCUGCCGUCACCGAGACCAAGGGAGGAGACGACAAGCCCAAGGAGGAGGCCAAGGAGGAGUCCGAGGAAGAGGACAGUGAUGCUGAAGGUGGAUUCGGUGAUUUGUUCGGUUAA